GGUCUGAAUGGACGUAUUCGUAUUGUUCGGGCCGAAACUCCGGGGGCUUGCGACGUCGAUAAUGGAUAUGGUUUUAUGGCUUGCUUCACGGAUAUUUCGUAUACUUCGCUUUUGAUUCAAUUUUUGUUUUUCCGUUUUGCACAAAAACUAUUUGGCCAGUUACUCGAGUCUUGACAAUUCGAUAAUGACGACAUGCGCUGUGGCGAUCCCAGCGUAGCGAGGCUUGGUUCGCUGUGGCCACUAAAGCGAUGAGCGCAUGAUUCACAGCCGCCACCAUACGAAGAUUCUAAACUUUAAAAAGGCGUUGAACUGUAUAGAAUAAAAUUAUUACAACAUAUCUUAUUUUAAGUAAACUAGUUUUCUCGGCAAUGCCCACGCUGCCACUCUCACCCGAUAUUCCAACUGAUGGGUGUUUGUCAACGGAGAAUCCCCGGGUGGGCCCCGCUACAGCCGCUUCCCGACAGCUAGAACUGUUAAAAGUUGUCUUCGACCAGCUCGCUGCCAACUGCAAUUGACUCUGGUUGGGCGAUACACCACGAAUUAGCUUAACUUUGCACGACGUCUACCGCUUCCUCAGAUACUCGUGGUAGCAGAAAACCCAUACAUAAUGCAGGGCACCAAGUCACCACUCUAAAACUACACGAAGACAGCUCUCAACCCCGCGUCACCCCUCCAUUCACCUCCUCCUCCCAUAUAAACAGCUGCUGGAGAGAACACAAAGAGAGCCACGAUGUCGAAAGCCGCUCUAAAAGCCAUAAACGAAGCUGUUAAACAGCAAAAGUUUGACGAUGUCAUCAAGAAAUCGAGAGAACUCGUCCAAAGUGAUUCGAACAGUUACCAAGGAUAUAUAUUCUUAGCCUUUGCGUUAGACAAAAAGGACAUCGCGGACGAAGCAGAAGUUGCAUACAGAAAAGCCACAGAUUUAAAGCCCCAGGAUGCUCAAGCCUGGCAGGGCCUAGUCAAACUGUUUGAGAAACAGGGCGCUAAAAAGCUCGGCGAGUACCAACACGCAGUCAUAAAUCUCGCCCAAAUAUAUAACGAAGCCGACGAUUUAUACAAGUCUCAGGAUGUUGUCGACAAGUUUGUCGACUUUGCCAAGCUGAAUGGAGAUAAGCUACAAUAUGCCGAUGCACUUUGGAUCCGGCUACCAGAAAGCCCUCUGUAUUCGAUUCUGGAAGGCCGAUUUCCUGCUCCGGCAAAGACAUACGAAAGCAUAGCGCUUAUAAUCGAAGAUUUCGAAAAGAAGAAGAUCAAAGCCUUAAUUGGUGAACGCCGAACCCGUCUUGGAGCUAGAAUUAGCGAAGUUACUUUGGAGGCAAAGCGCGAAGUCUACGGUCAAAGCAAGCUGGAACACCUUUUCGGGCAGAUUAUUAACUGGACUAGUGAUGACGAGCUUCGUCGCAGUUACGAAGAAAAGCUUCUUCAAUAUUGCUACGACCGUCUCCUAACGUACGCUGCAGGCUCGACAAAGGAUCAAGAACGCCGAAAGGUCUAUGGCCUAGCCAACGAUAUGGUUGUUAUCAAUCAUCCGUUCAAGUUAGCCUGGGAUAUUGCCAUCAACUGGCAGGACAACAAGGAAAUUAAAGAAUGGGAUGUUGAGCGCCUCCGCGCCUAUUGUGGUUUCUUCCCAGAGAGCGACACCUACAAGAUUAUCACCGCGUUUCUCACGAGCCCCCAGUCGCCUUUUCCAGAACCUAAGAGCGCACCUCCUCCAGUCGCAGAUGACGACUCUGACAGUGACGAUGAUGACGAUGGUGGCGGCGUUUCGACCUCGAUAGUACCUUUGAGUGAGGAGGACCGGCUUAUCAUGAUGUCAGAGGGCAUCGCCGGGUCAGAAUCCAUGGUUGGAUACAGAUUGGUUGGCCAAUAUUUCCUUAGUAUUGGGGAAUAUGAGAGUGUCGUUGAGCUAAUGCGAAAAGCCAUCGCAUAUAUUCAACGAGAGAAAACAAGAACCGGCCAAGCAGUCGAAAAUACUGCGGAUGCUUAUUCGCUGUGUCUUGGCACAGCAUUGGUUUACUUCCAGUCACCCAGACACCACGCCGAGGCAAAGACUCUCUUUGAAAAGGUUCUCGAACGCGAUGCCACCUAUACUUCCGCCUUGAUCGGUGUAGGCUUGAUUUUCGAGGAGGAGGAAGACUUUGACCAGGCAGUUGAGUUCUUUGACCGUGCCUUGAAGCGUGAUCCUGGAAACCUACGCGUCAAAUCAGAGGCUGCUUGGGUGAAGGCACAGCGCGGAGAGUGGGACAUUGCCAAGGAUGAACUAGGCGCUUGUAUAAAUGAGCUCGAGAAGCAAAAGAACCCCGACAGAGAACUUCUGGCCGACUCCCAAUACCGAUUUGGAUCAUGUAUCUGGAAUCUAGAUACCAGCAAACAAGCAAGGAAGCAAAGGAAAGGAGAGUGUUCGUAUGCGUAUUGGUUGGCGGCCCUCAACAACAACUUGAACCAUGCACCAACAUACACAAGCCUUGGAGUUUUCUAUAACGAUUACGCAAAGGACAAGAAGCGUGCCAGGCGGUGCUUUCAAAAGGCAUUGGAACUGUCGUCAUCCGAAGUGGUUGCCGCUGAGCGUCUAGCGAGGUCCUUCGCCGAAGACGGUGACUGGGAUAGGGUUGAACUUGUUGCACAACGUAUCGUUGAUUCUGGCAAAGUCAAACCACCUCCUGGUUCAAAGCGCAAAGGUAUCAGCUGGCCGUUCGCCGCGCUUGGUGUCGCUGAGUUGAAUAAGCUUGAUUACCAUAAAUCGAUUGUAUCGUUUCAGUCAGCGUUGCGCAUAUCCCCAGAAGACUAUCAUUCAUGGGUUGGACUAGGAGAAAGCUACCACAAUUCAGGACGAUACAUUGCUGCCACCAAAGCAAUUCAAAAUGCUCAGAAAUUGGAAACGGACAACGCCGAUGCUACUUCUGACACGUGGUUCACGAAAUACAUACUAGGUAACGUUAAGCGCGAGCUUGGCGAAUUCGACGCAGCUAUCGAGCUCUACCGAUCUGUCAUUGCAACCCACCCUGAAGAAGAUGGUGUUACCAUUGCGCUGAUGCAGACUAUGGUUGAUAAUGCACUGGUUUGUGCAGAGGAGGGCCAGUUUGGCAAGGCUGCCCAGCUCGCCAGCGAGACAAUUGAGUUUGGAAGGUCCACGAGCGAGGCUGUUCGUGUAGCUUUCAACUUUUGGAAAAGCAUAGCCGACGCUGCCUCUGUCUUCUCGGCAGUCCAGAGUCAUGGAUCCGACUUGCCCGUCGAAGCACUACGGCAUUUACUCAGCGAUGGUCCCGAUGCAUUGGCGACAUUAGCCGAAGUUGACAAAGUAACCACUGAUGUAGUUUUUGCCAAGGGUAUCUACGCUGGUGAUGAGCAGCCAGGCAUUGCGCUGACAUGCAGCCUGCAUGCAACCAUCCUCUGCCACAAGAAAGCGAUUCACGUCUCUUCAAAUGACCAGCAUGCGCAAGCCGUUGCCUUUUACAACCUUGGAUGGGCCGAGUACAGAGCUCAUUCAUGCUUACCGGUCACCCUGCGCAAGAAGUCAAGCAACUACUCCAAAGCUGCUGUCCGUGCCUUUAAGCGUUCCAUUGAGUUGGAGACUGGCAAUUCUGACUUUUGGAAUGCCCUGGGUGUUGUUACCAGCGAGAUUAACCCGGAGGUAGCCCAGCAUGCCUUUGUUCGUAGCCUACACAUCAAUGAGAGAAACCCAGCAAGCUGGACUAACCUGGGUAUUUUGGCUCUUCUCAACACCGAUCUCAAGCUCGCCAACGAAGUCUUUACUAGGGCUCAGUCCACCGAUCCGGAUUACGCGCAUGCCUGGCUCGGCCAAGGCCUUGUGGCCCUCUUGCACGGCGAUGCAAAGGAAGCCCGAGGACUGUUCACCCACGCCAUGGAGAUUGCAGAGGCCACGUCCAUCUCGUCUCGUCGACACUACCCCUCCUCUCUCUUUGACCAUAUUUUGACCAUGCCUGCGAACAUGACUGUUGCAUCGCUGAUCCAGCCGCUCUUUGCCCUCAACCAAGUACAAUCGAUGCGCCCCGAAGACUUUGCAUCUAGCCACUUGGCCGCUUUAUACCUGGAGCGCACGCGCGACAGCUCUCGGGCCUCAUCUACACUACAGACAAUCUGCAACGAUCUAGAGACGCAGUACGAGCAAACGGAGUCGGCAGAAAGUCUUGCCAAGUUUACAAUGGCCAAGAUCGACCUAGCCCGCGCAUACCUCGCUGCUAAAUCCUACACUGAAGCCAUUGAAUGCGCCGAGACAGCCCUCGGACUAAGCAGCGAUGAACAAGACAGCGAGCUUUCACGCGAUCAACGCCACAAAGCCCGCCUAUCCGCCCACCUGACGAUGGGCUUGGCCCAGUAUUACCUAAAGAGCUAUGACGAAGCCGAGCAGUGUUUCCAGUCUGCCCUCGAAGAAUCCGACAACAACCCGGAUGCCACGUGUCUCUUGGCCCAAGUUCUCUGGGCCCAAGGCACGGAGGACAGCAAAGAAAAAGCACGAACCGCGCUCUUCGAAGUCAUCGAAGCACACCCGUCGCAUGUGCAAAGCGUUCUACUGCUCGGUGUGAUUGCGCUCCUUGACCAGGACGAAGGCAGCAUCGAGGCCGUCACGGAGGAACUGCAGACACUGCGUACUAAAGAUACUGUCACAUCUACAGAACACUCCCGCAUCGGCGAGGUGAUGCGCGCCAUGGCCGGCCUAGGCGAAGGCAAAUCGCCGCAGGACAUGCUCGAGCAGACACAGACGGACAUCAUGCUGCACCCAUAUCUCCCGCACGGCUGGUCCGCUCUAUCGCAGACCAAGAGCGACGCCUACCCUGCCGACAUGGCUCUCACGGUAGCUAAGCGCGGCAUUCCCCCUCGCGGCCAGCUCGAGGCCCAGGACCUAGCCAAGACGUACGCAGGUACCGGCAAGAUUGGCGAUGCCCAGCGCGCGGCCUUCAUGGCACCAUGGGAAAAGGCAGGAUGGUCAUCUCUCGAGACAGCGGCCAAGGUUCUACAGUAAAAGCAACACAAAGCAAGCAUAUUCACUCAUGACUAGACCUUUUUGUACAUAUACAUAGCAAACAAUCAAACCACAUUAUAUAUAAACGCCAUAACUCCUCAUACUUCGUGACACUCCCUCAUCUAUCUCUCAUCUCACUCUUUACCCUUUUCUACAUCCUCUUUCAACUUCUUCAAACGCCCCGUAGUCCACGCAUCAUGCCACUCAUCAACCUUCCCCCCCAAAAACACCACCUUAUCCGGCUCCAACAGUAGACUCCCCCGAGCAAUCACCAUACCCGCCCUCAACAGCAACUUCUCUCCAAUACACGUCUUGCCCACUGCUAUCCGCUGUAUCCUCGUCGUUUCUACCGCAUACGCCCUUUGCCCCUUACAAUCCUGCACCACGAGCCUAUGCGUCGCAUUCCACGCAGCGGGAGCUUGCUGCUGCAUCGACGUGUUGUUGGCGUCGUCCUCGUCGGCCGUCACCCGAAUCACAUGUCUCCCGCGCGUCAUCUCGCCGCGCUCAAUGGCCUCCAGCUCCUCAAUCUGCUCCCACUUGCUCUGUGCGAGAUUCUCCACGUCCAGAAUCUGCACAUGGACGGGCUUGGCGAGCCUGGCUUCGUCGACGCGCGCGUCGCCUGCUGUGGCGGGGAGACAGGGCACAGACGCGUCGAUGAGGGCUGGGAUGCUGGAGGAGAGGUCGCAGGCGAGGAUGCGGCUUUUGGCGGUGGCCACGAGCGAGGUUAGCGGCGGUGGAGGGCUUCUGGUGGCUGUGAUGCUGUUGAGGAAUUCGGCGGAUGGGGUGGGGAGGUUCUGGGACACGAGCGACGUGCGUAGCUGCGACUCUAGCUCCAUGGUUGGAUGUUGAUUUGUAUUUAGUGCUCUCUUUUCUGAUAUUUCAGUUGAUUUUGGUCUGGUUGGAAAGUCGAGUUUUUCGCUAACCACUGCUUGUGGUGCGUGGAGGAGUGUAGUUGAGGUUGAGAUCACCAG